AUCAGUGCAUCUACUUGUACUUGUGCGUCGAUCGGCACCGAUCGCAUUCGCCACAUUCGCAUCUGAGCAGUCCAAAGCGUAAGCCAUGAGUAGCCCACUUUUCACCGCCCUGUGCCUGCUUGCAGUUGUGCUCCUGACUGGCGCCCAGGUCACGAGACCCCUUUGCCCGUGUCCAAGAAUACAUUUGCCUGUCUGCGGAUCGGACCACGUCACCUACGUCAACUUCUGCGAACUGCAGUGUGCAGCGGAAGUUAAACACAUUGAAAUGGUCAAGACGGGCAGAUGCUAGUGUCAGAGAUACAAAUAAUAAAUGUACACACAUAUUUCACCUUA